CUCCUCGCGGCCUUUUGCUCGGAGGGAGUUGCAGACCGCGCCAGAUCCCCUUGAUGGCUGUGGCUUCGGAACCUCGCGGCCAGCCCUGCCUUUUCGCCUUUUUAAAAUAUGGGAACACCCUGAUUUAAGCAGCGGUUGUCUUCCAGAAUGUCCUUUGAUUUUAGGGGGAAAUGCAUUAGCCAGGUCAAACAGCCGAUUUGAAACACAGAAGGCUAAGUUGACAUUUUACUUUAUUUUCUAAAGUUUAGGCCACUUGGUUCUUGGUUCUAAGCAGAGCUCCUUGGAACACACCUACCACCACCAUCAGAACCAUCACUACCCAUGCAUGGUGACCCCUUCUUGUGACAAGUUUGAGCGGCUUUAGAUCUUAUGAAGCUCACUGUCUCCCUUGGGCAGUGUGAGCAUGGGAGGAGCCUGACACAGGCAAGAGAUGAAAUGAAUUUAUUCUUUUAUACAACCAGUAAACUGUGCUAGGUGCCCAAACGUGAGGAACUGCAGCUGACCUAACAAUGAACAAAAUACAAAAACUGUUCUUCAUGGUGCUUACAUUCUAGUUGAGGAAUGAGUGAAGUCUUGAGGACUCCCAGAAAGAGAAAGGUUUUGAGUGCACCUUGCAUCUGUACUUGGGUGUCUCAAGGCACCUUAAACUCAACAGGAUCAUUUCCUGGAAACCCAGUCCUCCUCCAGCAUUUCUAGCAUGGUGCCGGCAAAGCAGACAUUCAGAGAAUGAUGACCAGAUGUUCCACAAGGAAGUAACUAGCACGACUCUCCAUCCAGUGGCACAAGGCGACUCUUCCCCUUUCCUUGACUCUACAUCUAAUUUAUUUGGAAAGCCUGUCAAGCUUACCUUCUUAAUCCUUCUCUGGAAUCUAUCCUAUUCACAUCGCUUCUACCAACUGUCUGAUCUAUGUUACCAUGAGUCCUCCCUUGAACAAUGGUCUGCUAAAUUGGUUUCCCAUUUCCAAUCUUGACUCCCUACAAGUGAGGCUUCACAUCACAUUCUGAGUGAUCUUUUCAAAACUCAAAUCUGGCUGUGUCUUACACAGAUAAACAUGAACCCCACCGCCCCUUUUUUUUUUGACAGUCUCACUCUGUCACCCAGGCUGAAGUGUAGUAGUGGUGCCAUCUUGGCUCACCACAGCCUCCACCUCCCAGCUUCAAGCGAUUCUCCUGCCUCAACCUCCCGAGUAGCCUCAGCCUCCCAAGUAGCUGGGAUUACUUGUGCCCACCACCACGCCUGGCUAAUUUUUGUAUUUUUAGUAGAGACGGGGUUUCGCCAUGUUGGCCAGGCUGGUCUCAAACUGCUGACCUCAGGUGAUCCACCCGCCUUGGCCUCCCAAAGUGCUGAGAUUACAGGCGUGAGCCACCACACCCAACCAUGAACACCCCAAUGAAAGCCCUUUAAUAAUUUCCCACUUCUUCUAGUGUGAAGACCAAAAUCCUUAACAUGGCCUGCAAGGCCCAGCCUGGUUUGGCCCUUUCUCACUCUCUGGGUUCUGGCUGCACUAACAUUCUUUGAAUUCUCUCUGCUUCUUUACAAUACAGAAACUUUAUACAUUGUUCUUUCUUUGUACAUUGAGUAUACUUUUCAUUCAUUCAUCUCCACUCAUCUGGUUAAUUCCUACUUGUCCUUCAGCUCUCAGCUCCUUCACGUCUUCCCUAGGGAAAUGUUCCAGUCAUCCCACUUAAGUCAGAUUGCUGUCAUGUUAUAGGCUUUCCUGCAUUUGUUCUCUUCUGCAGUUCUUAAUCACGGUUGUAAUUUUAUGUUUAUCUGUGUGAUUAUUUGUCGAAUGUCUUUUAAGCUCUGUGAGUGUAAGGACAGUAUCAAUUUUGCUCACUAUUGUACCUGUAGAGCCUCACAUGCCUGGCAUAUUGUAUGUGGUCAGUAACUAUUACUGAAUAAUAAAUAGAUCAUUGAGUUCUGGCCAAUGAGAUCUCCUCAGGCUUUAGAUGAAACUCUUGGAAUUGGAUGAAGGAUAGGGAAAGAGUAAUAGGAUCUGUUGUUUUAGAAGGAUCAUUUAUGAGUUUCAGCCAGGUGCGGUGGCUCAUGCCUGUAAUCCCAGCACUUUGGGAAGCUGAGGCGGGCUGAUCACUUGAGGCCAGGAGUUUGAGACCAGGCUGGCCAAUAUGGUGAAACCCCAUCUCUACUAAAAAUAUAAAAAUUAGCCGUGCGUGGUCGCACACGCCUGUAAUCCCAGCUACUCAGGAGGGUGAGACACAAGAAUCGCUUGAACCUGGGAGGCGGAGGUUGCAGUGAGCCGAGAUCACGCCACUGCUCUCCAGCCUGGGCAACAGAGCGAGACUCUGUCUCAAAAAAAAAAAAGAAGGAUCAUUUAUGAGUUUGAACCAUGUUCUUAGGUUGAAAAACACCUAUAUUGCUUACUAGAUCUCUCUCUGCUUUGCUCUCAAGAGUAAUUCUUCCCAGCACUUUGGGAGGCAAAGGCAGGAGGAUUGCUUAAGCCCAGGAGUUCAAGACCAACCUGGGCAACAUAAGGAGACCCCAUCUCUACAAAGAAUUUUAAAAUUAGCCAGGCAGCCGGGCUCAGUGGCUGACGCCUGUAAUCCCAACACUUUGGGAGGCUGAGGCGGGUGGAUCGCGAGGACAGGAAAUCAAGACCAGCCUGGCCAACAUGGUGAAACACCAUCUCUACUAAAAUACAAAAAAAAAAGAAAUAGCCAGGCAUGGUGGCACACACCUGUAGUCCCAGCUACACAGGAGGCUAAGGCAGGAGGAUCACUUGAACCCAGAAGGUCAAGGUGGCAGUGAGCAGUGAUCACACCACUGCACUCCAGCCUGGGUGACAGAGCAAGACCCCAUCUCAAAAAAGAAAAAAAAGAAGUGAUCGUAAGGUCCACAGAUUAUUAGACGGCAUGUCAAAAAAUCCUCCAGGGAAAAACAGAGAAAAUGUUCCAAUUAAAGAUAAUUUCGAAUUAGAGGUACUUCAGGCACAAUAUAAAGAACUUAAAGAAAAGAUGAAAGUAAUGGAAGAAGAAGUUCUCAUUAAGAAUGGAGAAAUUAAAAUUUUGCGAGACUCACUACAUCAGAUGGAAUCCGUUCUAGAGGAACAGAGAAGAUCACAUUUUCUUCUUGAGCAAGAGAAAACCCAAGCACUCAGUGACAAGGAAAAGGAAUUCUCCAAAAAGCUCCAAUCAUUGCAGUCUGAACUCCAGUUUAAAGAUGCAGAGAUGAAUGAAUUAAGGACAAAGCUCCAGACCAGUGAACGAGCAAAUAAACUGGCUGCUCCCUCUGUUUCCCAUGUCAGUCCUAGGAAAAACCCUUCUGUGGUUAUGAAGCCAGAAGCAUGUUCUCCACAAUUUGGAAAAACAUCUUUUCCUACAAAGGAGUCUUUUAGUGCUAACAUGUCCCUUCCCCACCCCUGCCAGACGGAGUCAGGAUACAAGCCUCUGGUGGGCAAAGAGGAUAGUAAGACCCACAGUCUGAGAGGUGACUCCAUAAAACAAGAAGAGGCCCAGAAAAGCUUUGUUGACAGCUGGAGACAGAGAUCAAACACUCAAGGUUCCAUUUUGAUAAACCUGCUCCUGAAGCAGCCUUUGAUCCCAGAGUCAUCCCUAAGCCUUUGCCACCUCCUGAGUAGUAGUUCUGAGUCUCCUGCUGGCACCCCCCUGCAGCCACCAGGGUUUGGCAGUACCUUGGCUGGAAUGUCAGGCCUCAGGACCACAGGUUCUUAUGAUGGGUCAUUUUCCCUCUCAGCCCUGAGAGAAGCACAGAACCUGGCAUUCACUGGACUGAAUCUGGUUGCCAGGAAUGAGUGCUCACGUGAUGGAGACCCAGCAGAGGGAGGCAGAAGGGCCUUCCCACUCUGCCAGCUUCCUGGAGCCGUGCAUUUCCUCCCCCUUGUACAGUUCUUCAUCGGCUUACACUGCCAGGCCCUGCAGGACUUGGCAGCUGCUAAGAGAAGCGGAGCACCUGGGGACUCACCGACACAUUCCUCUUGCGUGAGCUCUGGGGUAGAGACCAACCCUGAGGACUCAGUGUGCAUCCUGGAAGGCUUCUCUGUGACUGCACUUAGCAUUCUUCAGCACCUGGUGUGCCACAGCGGAGCAGUCGUCUCCCUAUUACUGUCAGGAGUGGGGGCAGAUUCUGCUGCUGGGGAAGGAAACGGGAGCCUGGUUCACAGGCUUAGUGAUGGAGAUAUGACCUCAGCCCCAAGGGGGGUUGCUGAUGACCAAGGACAGCACCCACUGUUGAAGAUGCUUCUUCACCUGUUGGCUUUCUCUUCUGCAGCAACAGGACACCUUCAAGCCAGUGUCCUGACCCAGUGCCUUAAGGUUUUGGUGAAAUUAGCGGAAAACACUUCCUGUGAUUUCUUGCCCAGGUUCCAGUGUGUGUUCCAAGUGCUGCCAAAGUGUCUCAGCCCAGAGACACCCCUGCCUAGCGUGCUGCUGGCUGUUGAGCUCCUCUCCCUGCUGGCGGACCACAACCAGCUGGCACCUCAGCUCUGUUCCCACUCGGAAGGCUGCCUCCUGCUGCUGCUGUACAUGUACAUCACAUCACGGCCUGACAGAGCGGCCUCGGAGACACAAUGGCUCCAGCUGGAACAAGAGGUGGUGUGGCUCCUGGCUAAGCUUGGUGUGCAGAGCCCCUUGCCCCCAGUCACUGGCUCCAACUGCCAGUGUAAUGUGGAGGUGGUCAGAGCGCUCACUGUGAUGUUGCACAGACAGUGGCUGACAGUGCGGAGGGCAGGGGGGCCCCCAAGGACUGACCAGCAGAGGCGGACAGUGCGCUGUCUGCGGGACACGGUGCUGCUGCUGCACGGCCUAUCGCAGAAGGACAAGCUCUUCAUGAUGCACUGCGUGGAGGUGCUGCAUCAGUAUGACCAGGUGAUGCCGGGGGUCAGCAUGCUCAUACGAGGGCUUCCUGAUGUGACCGACUGUGAAGGUGAGCCUACCAGAGGCCCUCCUGCCCAGCCCCCACGGCUUCUCCCAGAGGUUCCCCAACAAGUCAGAUUCCUGGGCAUCCCCUCAGCAGGCCCCCGCCCACUGCGGCCUGUUCUGGCACUGGGGCCGUUUUCUUUUAUCUUCCUGCCUCAGUUCUUCUCCAAGCAUAUUGGGCUGCCUUUUGCUCCUGUCUGUUGAGUGUGCCUGGCAGAGCCACGGUUUUUCCAGAAAUACCCAUGUUUGAAUUGCCUUUGUAUCACUUUGUUUGCAGUAGCUGAGGGAGCAGGGCCUGGGUGUGGAAGGGACUGGUUAGUUCCUGUGGACGUUGGGGGAGGAGAGGUGGGACCUGCCCUAGGCCCUGGCACCUUUGGGCCCUCACCAG